UCUAGUAAAGCAGGUGGUAUAAUGGUUCUUCCAGCUCGCUCCACCCCCAAUUAAUGAAGAUAUAGAGACAGAAAGUGGUUUGCUGCCCACGAUGGUUGAAUUGGGGAAUAUCUACUUAUUUGGCACAGUGUAAUAUCCAUGACUAUGCAAUUUGAAGGCAAAAGGUGGUUGGGAAGCAAUUUUUUUUUCUUGGAGAGUUAGGAAAAAUGAGACGAGGUCUCCUUGGUGGCAGAUGGAGUGUGUUAAUGCAAGCAGCUUCCCAAAGGAAGACAAAGAACAAGGACAGCGUUGGCGAAGACGUGGCAUGUGUGCAGAGCCGGCACUCGGGAAGCUGCUCAGUUCCCCCUCUUCCCAGCACCUGAGGACAUUUUUUGCAUGCCCUGCCCCUCUGUCCAGCUGCCCAAAGCAAGCAUUACCUCCCUCAGCUCUCUCCGGAUUAAUGGCAAAAUAGUUAACCACCAUGGCAGCUAUGGUUCCACCAGUGAAGCUCAAAUGGCUUGAACAUUUAAACAGCUCUUGGAUUACAGAAGAUAGUGAAUCUAUUGCUACAAGAGAAGGAGUUUCUGUCCUAUAUUCUAAACUCAUCAGUAAUAAGGAAGUUGUGCUUUUGCCUCAGCAGGUUUUGUGCCUCAAAGGACCUCAGUUGCCUGAUUUUGAACGUGAAUCUCUUUCAAGUGAUGAACAGGAUCACUAUUUGGAUGCCCUUCUUACCAGUCAGCUGGCUUUGGCCAAGAUGGUAUGUUCAGAUUCCCCAUUUGCUGGAGCACUUCGUAAACGACUUCUUGUACUGCAACGUGUCUUUUAUGCACUUUCUAAUAAAUAUCAUGAUAAAGGCAAAGUGAAACAGCAGCAACAUUCACCAGAGAGCAAUUCUGGUUCUACAGACAUCCAUUCUGUUAGUGAACGGCCCCGAUCAAGCACAGAUGCCCUCAUAGAGAUGGGUGUCCGAACUGGACUGAGUUUAUUAUUUGCACUACUAAGGCAGAGUUGGAUGAUGCCUGUUUCAGGACCUGGUCUCAGUCUUUGUAAUGAUGUCAUUCAUACUGCAAUAGAAGUUGUGAGCUCUUUGCCACCAUUAUCUCUCGCAAAUGAAAGUAAGAUUCCACCUAUGGGUUUGGACUGCUUAUCACAAGUGACUACAUUUCUUAAGGGAGUAACUAUUCCAAAUUCUGGGGCAGAUACUUUGGGUCGUAGAUUAGCUUCUGAGUUGUUGCUUGGUUUAGCAGCUCAGCGUGGUUCUUUAAGGUAUCUUCUUGAGUGGAUAGAGAUGGCUUUAGGUGCAUCAGCAGUUGUACACACCAUGGAGAAAAACAAACUACUGCCAAGCCAGGAAGGAAUGAUCAGCUUUGAUUGCUUUAUGAACAUACUAAUGCAGAUGAGGCGCUCUUUGGGUUCAUCUGCUGAUCGAAGUCAGUGGAGGGAACCAACACGAUCAUCUGAUGGCUUAUGCUCUCUCUAUGAGGCAGCUCUGUGUCUGUUUGAAGAGGUUUGCAGAAUGGCUUCUGAUUACUCAAGAACAUGUGCUAGCCCAGAUAGCAUUCAAACUGGUGAUGCACCCAUUGUUUCUGAAACUUGUGAAGUCUAUGUUUGGGGUAGUAACAGCAGUCAUCAGUUGGUAGAAGGCACCCAAGAAAAAAUACUGCAACCUAAAUUGGCACCAAGUUUUUCUGAUGCACAGACAAUUGAAGCUGGACAGUAUUGCACUUUUGUGAUUUCUACGGAUGGUUCUGUUAGAGCCUGUGGUAAAGGUAGCUAUGGCAGACUAGGACUUGGAGAUUCCAACAAUCAAUCCACUUUAAAAAAAUUGACAUUUGAGCCGCAUCGAUCUAUUAAAAAGGUGUCAUCUUCUAAAGGAUCUGAUGGUCAUACUUUAGCUUUUACUACUGAAGGUGAAGUCUUCAGCUGGGGAGAUGGUGAUUAUGGAAAACUGGGGCAUGGAAAUAGUUCAACACAGAAGUAUCCUAAACUCAUUCAGGGACCUCUUCAGGGGAAGGUAGUUGUAUGUGUGUCAGCUGGAUACAGACAUAGUGCUGCUGUCACUGAAGAUGGUGAAUUGUAUACAUGGGGCGAAGGGGAUUUUGGAAGAUUAGGUCAUGGUGACAGUAACAGCAGAAACAUUCCAACUUUAGUAAAAGACAUUAGCAAUGUUGGGGAGGUUUCCUGUGGCAGUUCACACACAAUUGCUUUAUCUAAAGAUGGAAGAACUGUAUGGUCUUUUGGAGGAGGAGACAACGGCAAACUUGGCCAUGGUGAUACAAAUAGAGUUUAUAAACCUAAAGUUAUAGAAGCUUUACAAGGAAUGUUUAUUCGAAAAGUUUGUGCUGGGAGCCAGUCUUCACUUGCCUUGACAUCAACAGGACAGGUCUAUGCAUGGGGUUGUGGAGCUUGUCUAGGUUGUGGUUCUUCAGAAGCUACAGCUUUGAGACCAAAACUUAUUGAAGAACUGGCAGCUACAAGAAUAGUUGAUAUUUCAAUUGGAGACAGUCACUGUUUGGCUCUUUCUCAUGAUAAUGAAGUUUAUGCUUGGGGUAAUAAUUCUAUGGGACAGUGUGGACAAGGAAAUUCCACAGGUCCUAUUACCAAACCAAAGAAAGUUAGUGGUUUAGAUGGAGUAGCAAUUCAGCAGAUUUCAGCUGGGACAUCACAUAGUUUGGCAUGGACAGCUCUUCCCAGAGACAGGCAAGUUGUAGCAUGGCACCGACCUUACUGUGUGGAUCUGGAAGAGAGUACUUUCUCACAUCUACGUUCCUUUCUUGAGAGAUACUGUGAUAAAAUAAACAGUGAGAUUCCCCCACUUCCUUUCCCUUCAUCAAGGGAACAUCAUAGUUUCCUCAAAUUGUGCCUGAAGUUGCUGUCCAAUCAUCUUGCUCUUGCCCUUGCUGGAGGAGUAGCUACUAGUAUUCUUGGGAGGCAAGCUGGACCACUGAGAAAUUUGCUUUUUAGGCUAAUGGACUCUUCUGUCCCAGAUGAAAUACAAGAGGUAGUAAUUGAAACUUUGUCAGUGGGAGCUACCAUGUUAUUGCCCCCAUUAAGAGAACGAAUGGAAUUACUGCAUUCUCUUUUACCCCAAGGACCUGAUCGAUGGGAAAGCUUAUCUAAAGGACAGAGAAUGCAGUUGGAUAUAAUUUUGACAAGUUUACAAGAUCAUACCCAUGUAGCAUCCCUGCUUGGUUAUAGCUCACCUUCUGAUGCUACUGACGUUUCUUCCAUAUGCAUUGCUUAUGGAAAUCUGUCAGAUCAACCAUAUGGUACUCAGAGCUGCCAUCCAGAUACUCAUUUAGCUGAAAUUUUAAUGAAGACCUUACUAAGAAAUUUAGGAUUUUAUACAGAUCAAGCUUUUGGAGAACUAGAAAAAAAUAGUGAUAAAUUUUUACUUGGGACGUCAUCAUCUGAGAAUAGCCAACCUGCUCAUCUUCAUGAAUUGCUUUGUUCACUGCAGAAGCAACUACUGGCCUAUUGCCACAUCAACAGUGUUAGUGAGAAUUCUAGCAGUGUGGCAUUGCUUCACAAGCAUCUUCAGCUCUUAUUACCUCAUGCCACAGAUAUCUAUUCACGUUCUGCAAAUUUGCUGAAAGAAAGCCCUUGGAAUGGCAGUGUUGGUGAAAAACUAAGAGAUGUCAUUUAUGUAUCUGCUGCUGGCAGUAUGCUCUGCCAGAUUGUUAACUCUUUACUGUUACUGCCAGUGUCAGUGGCUCGGCCAUUACUGAGUUAUCUACUAGACCUCUUGCCACCUCUUGAUUGUCUUAAUAGACUGUUGCCAGCUGCUGCUCUUUUAGAAGACCAAGAGUUGCAGUGGCCUCUUCAUGGAGGGCCAGAACUGAUUGAUCCUGCUGGAGUGCCACUGCCCCAGCCUGCUCAGUCUUGGGUGUGGCUUGUAGAUCUGGAGAGAACUAUUGCCCUCCUCAUUGGACGGUGUCUUGGAGGCAUGCUACAAGGGUCUCCUGGUUCUCCAGAGGAGCAAGAUACAGCUUACUGGUUGAAAACACCAUUGUUCAGUGAUGGUGUAGAAAUGGACAUCCCUCAAUUAGAUAAAUGUAUGAGUUGCCUAUUAGAAGUGGCUUUUUCUGGAAAUGAAGAACAGAAACCAUUUGAUUACAAAUUACGGCCUGAAAUUGCUGUUUUUGUUGACUUGGCGUUGGGUUGCACAAAAGAGCCUGCUCGUAGUCUUUGGAUCAGUAUGCAAGAUUAUGCUAUUAGUAAAGAUUGGGACAGUGCAACUUUAAGUAAUGAGUCACUCUUGGACACUGUGUCUAGAUUUGUUCUUGCAGCUCUUCUGAAACACACAAAUUUACUUAGUCAAGCAUGUGGAGAGAGCAGGUAUCAACCAGGUAAAACUUUAGCAGAAGUAUACCGUUGUGUGUAUAAAGUUCGAAGUCGUUUACUUGCCUGCAAGAACUUGGAGCUAAUUCAAACUAGGUCAUCCUCAAGAGACCGAUGGAUUUCAGAAAACCAGGAAUCUGCAGAUACUGAUGCACAGGAACAUUCCUUUACUCGAACCAUUGAUGAAGAAGCAGAGAUGGAAGAACAAGCAGAGAGAGACCGAGAAGAGGGACAUCCAGAACAAGAAGAUGAAGAAGAAGAGAGAGAGCAUGAAGUUAUGACAGCUGGUAAAAUCUUUCAAUGUUUCCUAUCAGCCCGUGAAGUAGCACGCAGCCGGGACCGAGAUAGAAUGAACACUGGGGCAGGGUCUGGGACUCGCGUUGAUGAUCAGCCUCCUCAGUCUCAACAGGAGCGAAGGGUCAGCACAGACCUUCCAGAGGGCCAGGAUGUAUAUACUGCUGCAUGCAAUUCUGUGAUCCAUCGAUGUGCCUUGUUAAUAUUAGGAGUAAGUCCUGUUAUUGAAGAACUUCAAAAGCGAAGAGAGGAAGGACAGUUGCAGCAGCCCACAACAAGUGCCUCUGAUGGGGUUUUACUUAUGACCAGGAGUGAAAGUCUUACUGCAGAGAGCCGCUCAGUUCAUGCAAGUCCAAAUUAUAGACUGAUCAAAUCAAGGAGUGAAUCUGAUUUAUCUCAGCCUGAAUCAGAUGAAGAGGGUUACUCACUGAGUGGAAGACGAAAUGUAGAUUUAGAUUUGCCUUCCUCUCACCGAAAGAGGGGACCUGUACACAGUCAAAUGGAAUCCUUGAGUGACUCCUGGACUCGCCUAAAACAAAGAGACUGGCUGUUCACCUCUUCUUACUCAUUUGAAUAUGAUUUCGACCUUACUAAGACCCUCGGAGUUCAUACUUUGAUUGAAAAUGUCGUUAGCUUUGUAAGUGGAGAUGUGGGGAAUGCUCCAGGAUUUAAGGAACCAGAGGAAAGUAUGUCCACAAGUCCCCAGGCAUCCAUCAUUGCAAUGGAACAGCAACAGCUAAGGGCAGAGCUUCGUUUGGAGGCCCUUCAUCAGAUCCUAGUUCUGUUAUCUGGAAUGGAGGAAAAAGGCAGCGUACCCUUAACAGGAAGCAGGCAAGGGUCAGGAUUUCAGUCAUCUCUACUUCUUACAUCAGUUAGACUGCAGUUUCUAGCAGGAUGUUUUGGUUUAGGAACAGUAGGACUCGCAGGAGCCAAAGGAGAAAGUGUACGAUUACAUCAUUAUCAGGAUGGCAUCAGAGCAGCAAAGAGAAAUAUUCAGAUUGAAAUUCAAGUGGCUGUACAUAAGAUUUAUCAGCAAUUGUCUGCAACUUUGGAGAGAGCCCUGCAAGCAAAUAAACACCACAUUGAAGCUCAACAGCGUCUCCUCUUGGUAACAGUUUUUGCUCUGAGUGUUCACUACCAACCAGUUGAUGUUUCUUUGGCAAUUUCCACUGGUCUCUUAAAUGUAUUGUCACAAUUAUGUGGCACAGAUACUAUGCUAGGGCAACCUCUGCAGCUGUUGCCCAAAACUGGUAUUUCUCAACUUAGCAUAGCUUUGAAAGUUGCCAGUACAAGACUGCUACAGAUUCUGGCCAUCACCACUGGGACCUAUGCUGACAAAUUGAGUCCUAAGGUAGUGCAGUCCUUGCUUGAUCUAUUAUGUAGUCAGUUGAAGAAUUUAUUAUUACAAGCUGGUGUGUUGCUUAUGGUUUCCUUUGGAGAAGGUGAAGAGGAAGAAGAAGAAGAAGAAGAAAAAAAAGUUGAUCCUUGUGGAGAUAUUGAGAAGAGAGACUUCAGAGCUGUGCUUAGAAAACAACAUGCAGCAGAACUACACUUAGGGGAUUUUCUGGUUUUUCUGAGAAGAGUUGUGUCUUCAAAAGCUAUUCAGUCAAAAAUGGCUUCUCCAAAGUGGACUGAAGUGCUUCUUAACAUUGCAUCUCAAAAGUGUUCUUCAGGUAUUCCACUGGUGGGUAAUUUACGGACUAGAUUACUUGCACUUCAUGUCCUUGAAGCUGUGUUACCAGCUUGUGAAUCUGGGGUCGAAGAUGAUCAAAUGGCUCAGGUUGUUGAACGAUUGUUUUCCCUUCUGUCGGAUUGUAUGUGGGAGACACCCAUUGCUCAGGCCAAACAUGCAAUUCAGAUAAAGGAGAAAGAGCAGGAAAUGAAGUUACAGAAGCAAGGAGAAUUAGAGGAAGAAGAUGAAAACCUUCCUAUUCAAGAAGUAUCUUUUGACCCAGAGAAAGCUCAGUGCUGUUUAGUGGAAAAUGGACAGAUUUUAACUCACGGCAGUGGAGGAAAAGGAUAUGGGUUAGCAUCAACAGGUGUAACGUCUGGAUGUUAUCAGUGGAAGUUUUACAUUGUAAAGGAAAACCGUGGUAAUGAAGGCACAUGCGUUGGAGUUUCUCGAUGGCCAGUACAUGAUUUUAACCACCGCACUACCUCAGAUAUGUGGUUGUAUAGAGCCUACAGUGGAAACCUGUACCAUAAUGGAGAGCAGACCUUGACAUUGUCCAGUUUUACUCAAGGAGAUUUUAUCACUUGUGUAUUAGACAUGGAGGCCAGAACCAUUUCCUUUGGUAAAAAUGGAGAGGAACCUAAACUAGCUUUUGAAGAUGUGGAUGCAGCGGAGUUAUAUCCUUGUGUAAUGUUCUAUAGCAGCAAUCCUGGAGAAAAGGUGAAAAUCUGUGAUAUGCAGAUGCGGGGUACACCAAGAGACUUGCUUCCUGGUGAUCCUAUAUGUAGCCCUGUAGCUGCAGUGCUCGCUGAGGCCACUAUUCAGUUAAUUCGUAUUCUUCAUCGAACAGACCGUUGGACACAUUGCAUAAACAAGAAAAUGAUGGAAAGACUACAUAAAAUUAAGAUGUGCAUUAAAGAAAUUGGUCAAAAACUAAAGAAAAGUCGCUCGGUUCAAAGCCGAGAAGAGAAUGAGAUGAGAGAGGAAAAAGAGAACAAAGAGGAAGAGAAAGGUAAACAUAGUAGGCACGGUCUUGCUGACCUCUCAGAGCUACAAUUGAAGACACUCUGCAUAGAGGUGUGGCCUGUGCUUGCAGUGAUAGGUGGAGUUGAUGCUGGUCUUAGAGUUGGAGGUCGAUGUGUUCACAAGCAGACUGGACGUCAUGCCACCUUACUUGGCGUGGUCAAAGAAGGUAGUACAUCUGCCAAGGUCCAGUGGGAUGAAGCAGAAAUUACUGUCAGCUUCCCAACUUUUUGGUCGCCUAGUGAUACUCCAUUGUAUAAUCUGGAACCCUGUGAACCGCUGCCCUUUGAUGUUGCAAGAUUUCGUGGAUUGACAGCUUCUGUGCUGCUGGAUCUCACUUAUCUGACUGGCAUUCAUGAAGAUAUGGGCAAACAGAGCACUAAGAGACAUGAAAAGAAACACCGGCAUGAAUCUGAAGAGAAAGGGGACAUUGAACAAAAAACAGAGGCUGAUCCUACUUCAGAUGUAAGGACAAGUUUAAGUUCUGAUGAUGCCAGAAGUCAUGGCGCUACAAACUCCAAGUCAGAAAAUGAAAUACCUUCAUUUUCUUUAGAUUCGGCACCACAAACUGUGGAGUCCCAACACCAAAUAGUAGAAGGAAAACGAAAAAACCAUGAGCAUACUUCCAAAAACCAUGAUAUUGCUCAGUCAGAAAUAAGAGCUGUACAAUUGUCUUACCUCUAUCUUGGUGCUAUGAAAUCACUUAGUGCUCUUCUUAGUUGUAGUAAGUAUGCUGAAUUGUUAUUGAUACCAAAAGUCUUAGCUGAAAAUGGUCACAACUCAGAUUGUGCAAGUUCUCCAGUUGUUCAUGAAGAUGUUGAAAUGCGUGCAGCGCUGCAGUUCUUGAUGCGACACAUGGUGAAAAGAGCAGUCAUGCGAUCUCCCAUAAAGAGAGCUUUAGGACUGGCAGACUUGGAAAGAGCCCAAGCUAUGAUCUACAAAUUAGUAGUCCAUGGCCUUUUGGAAGACCAAUUUGGUGGCAAAAUCAAACAAGAUGGUGAAACCGAAGCCAAGAAAGAGGAAGUCAGUUACAUUCAAGAAGUUGAUCAGCAAACAGAAGAAACUGAUCAGACACAACAGGCACAGACACCAGUUACCACUAGUCCUUCAGCUUCCAGUACAACAUCCUUUAUGAGCAGUUCUCUGGAAGAUACAACUACAGCAACUACUCCAGUAACUGAUACUGAGACGGUACCUGCCUCAGAGUCACCAGGGGUUAUGCCCCUUAGUCUUCUCAGGCAAAUGUUCUCCAGUUAUCCAACUACUACUGUUCUUCCCACUCGACGUGCACAGACUCCACCAAUAUCCUCCUUACCAACAUCUCCUUCUGAUGAAGUUGGAAGGAGACAAAGCCUGACUUCUCCUGACUCACAAUCCACAAGGCCUACCAAUCGAACAGCUUUAUCUGAUCCAAGUAGCAGACUUUCAACUUCCCCUCCUCCACCAGCUAUUGCAGUGCCUUUGUUGGAAAUGGGAUUCUCUCUUCGACAGAUCGCAAAAGCUAUGGAAGCCACAGGUGCAAGAGGUGAAGCAGAUGCCCAAAACAUUACAGUCCUGGCCAUGUGGAUGAUAGAACAUCCUGGUAAUGAGGAAGAUGAGGAACCUCAGUCAGUCAGUGCUUCUGAUUCAUGUCACGUAGGAACAGUUUCAACCAAUAGCUGUGGGAAAUCUAAUGAUCCUUGUUAUUUGCAAUCACCUGGGGACAUACCAUCAGCUGAUGGCACUGAAAUGGAGGAUGCAUUUAAUGAAAGCUCUGAUAAUUUGGAUCAUUCAGAAAAUACAGCUUCUGGAAGUGUACCUCCUUCCAGGAGUCGAUCAGCAGUAACAAGAAGACACAAAUUUGAUUUAGCUGCUCGGACAUUGCUGGCAAGAGCAGCGGGGUUAUACCGUUCUGUACAGGCCCAUAGGAAUCAAAGUCGAAGAGAGGGAAUUUCUUUGCAGCAAGACCCUGGGGCAUUAUAUGACUUUAACUUGGAUGAAGAAUUGGAAAUUGAUCUAGAUGAUGAAGCAAUGGAAGCAAUGUUUGGACAAGACCUGACCAGUGAUAAUGAUAUUCUGGGAAUGUGGAUCCCAGAGGUAUUGGAUUGGCCUACCUGGCAUGUUUGCGAAUCAGAAGACAGAGAAGAAGUGGUGGUGUGUGAGUUGUGUGAAUCCAGUGUUGUCAGCUUCAACCAACACAUGAAAAGAAACCAUCCUGGCUGUGGUAGGAGUGCUAAUCGGCAGGGCUAUCGGAGCAAUGGUUCUUAUGUAGAUGGAUGGUUUGGUGGUGAAUGUGGAAGUGGAAAUCCGUAUUACCUCUUGUGUGGCAGCUGCAGAGAGAAAUAUUUGACUCUGAAGACUAAAUCCAAGACAUCAAUUUCUGAAAGGUACAAAGGACAGGCUCCAGAUCUAAUUGGCAAGCAGGACAGCGUGUAUGAAGAAGACUGGGACAUGCUGGAUGUUGAUGAGGAUGACAAACUUACUGGUGAAGAAGAAUUUGAAUUGCUUGCUGGACCAUUAGGUUUAAAUGACCGCCGUAUUGUACCAGAGCCAGUUCAGUUCCCUGAUAGUGAUCCACUCGGCGCAUCUGUGGCAAUGGUUACUGCCACUAACAGUAUGGAAGAGACUUUGAUGCAAAUAGGUUGCCAUGGCUCUGUAGAAAAAAGUUCUUCAGGUAGAAUCACAUUAGGAGAGCAAGCUGCUGCUCUGGCAAAUCCUCAUGAUCGUGUAAUGGCUUUAAGAAGAGUGACUGCAGCAGCUCAGGUUCUUCUAGCAAGAACAAUGGUGAUGAGAGCACUUUCCUUGCUUUCUGUCAGUGGUUCCAGUUGUAGUCUUGCUGCUGGCCUUGAGUCCUUGGGUUUAACAGAUAUCCGAACUUUGGUUCGAUUAAUGUGCUUGGCUGCAGCAGGGAGAGCUGGCCUCUCUACAAGUCCUUCCUCUGUGGCUUCUUCCUCAGAACGUUCUCGAGGAGUUCACAGCAAGACCAACAAACCAAUAUCAUGUCUAGCCUAUUUAAGCACAGCUGUGGGCUGUCUAGCAUCUAAUACUCCUAGUGCUGCAAAACUGCUGGUACAGUUGUGUACACAGAACUUGAUUUCUGCUGCAACAGGUGUUAAUUUAACUACAGUUGAUGAUCCAAUUCAGCUCAAGUUUUUGCCCAGCUUUCUCCGAGGAAUUGCAGAAGAAAACAAGCUUGUGACUUCUCCCAACUUUGUAGUAACUCAGGCCCUUGUGGCAUUGUUGGCAGACAAAGGAGCUAAACUGAGACCUAACUAUGAUAAAGCAGAAAUUGAGAAGAAAGGUUUAAUUGCCCAAUUGUAUGCCCAUCCUUCCUAUGAUCCUUCUGCUGUAGGCCCUCUGGAGCUGGCUAAUGCAUUGGCAGCUUGCUGCCUCUCUUCAAGGUUGUCCUCACAACAUAGGCAGUGGGCUGCUCAACAACUUGUGCGGACACUUGCUGCACAUGAUCGAGACAACCAAACUAGUCCUCAGACUUUGGCUGACAUUGGAGGAGAUCUGAGGAAAUGUUUCUUUAUAAAGUUGGAAGCUCAUCAAAAUAGGGUAAUGACAUGUGUUUGGUGUAAUAAAAAAGGACUUCUAGCAACCAGUGGCAAUGAUGGCACCAUAAGGGUUUGGAAUGUAACCAAGAAACAAUAUUCACUACAACAAACUUGUGUAUUCAACAGAUUGGAAUGUGAAUCAGAUGAAAGCCUAGGAUCACCUAGCGAUCCAAGUUUCUCACCAGUCUCUUGGAGUAUCAGUGGCAAAUAUCUAGCUGGGGCUUUAGAGAAGAUGGUGAAUAUCUGGCAAGUUAAUGGAGGAAAAGCAUUAGUCGAUACUCAGCCACAUUGGGUAUCUGCUUUGGCUUGGCCAGAAGAAGGUCCAGCUACAACUUGGUCAUCAGAUUCUCCAGAAUCAUUGUUAGUGGGACGGAUGGAUGGAUCUCUUGGGCUAAUUGAAGUUGUAGAUGUAUCAACUAUGCAUCGAAAAGAGUUAGAGCAUUGUUAUCGAAAGGAUGUUUCUGUUACCUGCCUUGCCUGGUUCAGUGAAGAUAGACCUUUUGCAGUGGGAUAUUUUGAUGGUAAAUUAUUGUUAGGAAUGAAGGAACCACUUGAAAAAGGAGGAAUUAUUCUGGUUGAUGCACAUAAGGACACUCUUGUUGGUAUAAAAUGGGAUCCAACUGGUCAUAUUCUUAUGACAUGUGCCAAAGAGGAAAAUGUGAAGCUCUGGGGCCCUAUGGCAGGUUGCUGGAGAUGUUUAUACUCACUUUCACAUUCAUCUAUCGUGAAUGGCAUUGCCUGGUGUAACCUUCCAGGAAAAGGACCCAAGUUGCAAUUAUUGAUCGCUACUGGUUGUCAGAAUGGUUUAGUGUGUGUGUGGCGUGUUUCCCAAGAUGCAUUGAAUAUAUUACAGUCUAGUGUAACUAGUUCUGAAGAAUGGUGGGAACAAGAAUCAAACGACAAGGAUAACUACAGAAAAUCUCCAGGUGCUACAUGUGUUUAUCAAUUAAAGGGGCAUAUCACUCCUGUUCGGACAGUUGCCUUCAGUUCUGAUGGUUUAGCAUUAGUAUCUGGUGGACUUGGUGGACUUAUGAAUAUUUGGUCUUUAAGGGAUGGUUCAAUAUUGCAAACUGUUGUGAUAGGAUCUGGAGCUAUUCAGACCACAGUGUGGAUUCCUGAUGUUGGGGUAGCUGCUUGCUCUAACAGAUCGAAGGAUGUUUUGGUUGUAAGUUGCACAUCAGAAUGGGUAGCUGCCAAUCAUGUUCUAGCAACAUGUAGGACUGCAUUGAAGCAACAAGGUGUUUUGGGAUUAAACAUGGCCCCCUGCAUGAGAGCCUUCUUGGAACGGCUACCCAUAAUGCUUCAGGAACAGUAUGCAUAUGAAAAGCCACAUGUAGUUUGUGGGGAUCAGCUCGUUCAUAGUCCUUAUAUGCAAUGUCUGGCUUCACUUGCUGUUGGACUGCACCUAGAUCAGCUUUUAUGUAACCCACCAGUACCACCUCAUCACCAGAACUGUCUUCCUGACCCUUCAUCAUGGAAUCCAACUGAAUGGGCAUGGUUGGAAUGCUUCUCAACCACCAUAAAAGCUGCUGAAGCACUGGCAAAGGGAGCACAAUUUCCAGAAUCCUUCACUGUUCCUGAUCUAGAACCAGUUCCAGAAGAUGAACUUACAUUCCUGAUGGAUAACAGUAAAUGGAUUAAUGGUAUGGAUGAACAGAUUAUGUCUUGGGCAACAUCAAGACCUGAGGACUGGCAUCUAGGAGGCAAAUGUGAUGUCUAUCUGUGGGGUGCUGGAAGGCAUGGACAACUCGCUGAAGCCGGUAGAAAUGUGAUGAUACCAGCUGCUGCUCCUUCAUUCUCACAAGCUCAACAGGUCAUUUGUGGACAGAAUUGUACCUUUGUUAUCCAAGCUAAUGGCACAGUAUUGGCUUGUGGAGAAGGAAGUUACGGCAGAUUGGGACAGGGAAAUUCAGAUGACCUUCACGUAUUAACAGUUAUUUCAGCAUUACAAGGCUUCGUGGUAACACAACUAGUAACUUCUUGUGGCUCUGAUGGGCAUUCCAUGGCCUUAACUGAAAGUGGUGAGGUUUUCAGCUGGGGAGAUGGAGACUAUGGCAAGCUUGGACAUGGAAACAGUGACCGGCAACGCCGACCCAGGCAAAUAGAGGCUUUGCAAGGAGAGGAAGUGAUUCAGAUGUCAUGUGGCUUCAAACACUCAGCAGUAGUGACUUCAGAUGGCAAGCUUUUUACAUUUGGGAAUGGUGACUAUGGUCGUUUAGGCCUUGGAAACACUUCUAACAAAAAGCUUCCUGAGAGAGUGACAGCAUUAGAGGGAUAUCAAAUUGGACAAGUGGCUUGUGGAUUAAAUCAUACUCUAGCUGUAUCUGCGGAUGGCUCAAUGGUGUGGGCUUUUGGAGAUGGAGACUAUGGAAAGCUUGGCUUGGGAAAUUCUACUGCAAAGUCUUCACCACAGAAAGUAGACGUUCUUUGUGGAAUUGGAAUCAAAAAAGUUGCUUGUGGCACGCAGUUUUCUGUUGCAUUGACAAAGGAUGGUCACGUAUAUACUUUUGGACAGGACCGCUUGAUAGGCUUGCCAGAAGGACGUGCUCGAAAUCACAACCGACCACAACAAAUUCCAGUCCUAGCUGGAGUUGUUAUUGAAGAUAUAGCAGUAGGAGCUGAACAUACACUUGCUCUAGCAUCAACUGGAGAUGUGUAUGCCUGGGGCAGUAACUCAGAAGGACAGCUUGGAUUGGGUCACACUAACCAUGUUCGAGAACCAACUCUAAUAACAAUUCUGCAAGGGAAGAAUAUUCGACAGAUUUCAGCUGGCCGUUGUCAUAGUGCCGCAUGGACUGCUUCACCUGUUCCACCAAGAGCACCAGGUGUCUCAGUGCCUUUACAGCUGGGUUUGCCUGAUACUGUCCCUCCCCAAUAUGGUGCACUGAAGGAAGUAAGCAUUCACACAGUAAGAGCCAGGCUCAGACUGCUCUAUCACUUUUCAGAUCUCAUGUAUUCUUCUUGGAGGUUACUGAAUCUAAGCCCCAAUAAUCAGAAUAGUACGUCUCAUUAUAAUGCUGGAACAUGGGGAAUUGUGCAAGGACAACUUAGACCUCUGUUAGCACCAAGAGUCUACACGCUCCCUAUGGUACGGUCCAUAGGAAAAACAAUGGUACAGGGCAAAAACUAUGGUCCUCAAAUAACUGUAAAAAGAAUAUCAACAAGAGGUCGAAAAUGUAAGCCUAUUUUUGUACAGAUAGCAAGACAAGUGGUUAAGCUCAAUGCUUCAGACCUUCGUCUGCCCUCACGAGCCUGGAAAGUUAAGUUGGUUGGAGAAGGUGCUGAUGAUGCUGGAGGAGUGUUUGAUGACACCAUUACAGAAAUGUGUCAGGAACUUGAAACUGGUGUAGUUGACCUUCUUAUUCCAUCCCCAAAUGCCACAGCAGAAGUGGGUUACAACAGAGACAGGUUCCUUUUUAAUCCUUCAGCCUUCUUAGAUGAACACUUAAUGCAGUUUAAAUUCUUGGGUAUUCUGAUGGGUGUUGCUAUCCGUACCAAGAAGCCUUUAGAUCUCCACUUGGCUCCAAUGGUUUGGAAACAAUUGUGCUGUAUCCCACUCACUUUGGAGGACCUAGAGGAAGUGGAUCUGCUCUAUGUGCAGACCCUUAAUAGCAUUCUUCACAUUGAAGACAGUGGGAUUACUGAAGAGAAUUUCCAUGAGAUGAUUCCUCUUGAUUCUUUUGUGGGUCAGAGUGCUGAUGGCAAAAUGGUUCCUAUUAUCCCUGGUGGGAAUAGCAUUCCACUUACAUUUUCCAAUAGAAAGGAGUAUGUGGAAAGGGCUAUUGAGUAUAGACUUCAUGAAAUGGACCGGCAGGUAGCUGCUGUCCGAGAAGGAAUGUCAUGGAUCAUCCCAGUCCCCUUGUUAUCCCUCUUGACUGCAAAGCAGCUAGAGCAGAUGGUCUGUGGAAUGCCUGAGAUCUCUGUUGAGGUUCUGAAGAAAGUUGUCCGAUACAGGGAAGUGGAUGAACAGCAUCAGUUGGUGCAGUGGUUCUGGCAUACCUUGGAAGAGUUCUCCAAUGAAGAGAGAGUCCUUUUCAUGAGGUUUGUGUCAGGGAGGUCUCGGCUGCCAGCCAACACUGCAGAUAUAUCUCAGCGAUUCCAGAUCAUGAAGGUUGAUAGGCCUUAUGACAGCUUGCCUACCUCACAGACCUGUUUCUUUCAAUUGAGGCUUCCACCUUACUCCAGUCAGCUAAUCAUGGCAGAGCGUUUGCGCUAUGCAAUCAAUAACUGCAGGUCGAUAGAUAUGGACAAUUACAUGCUCUCCCGCAAUGUGGACAAUGCAGAGGGCUCAGACACAGAUUAUUAACCUGUGAACAAAAUCAUCUUCCUUUUAUUACAGAAUAAUGCCUAAUUCCAAUUCAAUGUCAACACACUUUUAUGGUAAACAUAAAAUGUUUUAGGAGCAUAAACCAACAUUAUAAACAGUGGCCACAUUUAGUUAACUCUAAAUGUAACAACAAAAGAGAAUAGAUGUUUUUAUUUUUCUGUGAUUGUAAAAAAAAAGAAAAAAAAGAAAUUAAAAGUGCUCUCGGUAAGGUUUUCUCCCUUCCCCAAAUCCCCCUCCAUAUUUUGGUCACUUUUGAUAAGUUUGCAUGGAGCCAUUUGGUGCAUUUUUGGUUGGGAAUGGUACAUUUGUAAGCCCUCCCAGUGAACAUGAAGUUGUACAUUGUGUAUAAUUGUUCAUUAGAAAGGACAGUUUUACAUGAAUAUUCAUAUAUUUAUUUUGUUUUAAUUUCAAUUGCCUGUGCAGGGUUCCUUAUGCAGAGAAAUAAAGCAGAUUCAAGAA